AUGUUUUUGAAAAAAGUCUCCUUACGUUCGGCGAAGGAUAAACAACACUUUUGUUCUGGGACAAUAUUAAAUUACCAAUGGAUAUUGACGGCAGCCCAUUGUUUUACAUUCAUCAGAUCACCAAAGGAUCUGGUGAUACAAUAUGGCAGCAAUGAACUUAAACCCCUUAAUCCCCAAUACAAAAAUGUCGAACGGAUUGUUAAACAUGAAGGCUAUAAUCCCACUGUGACAAUACAUGAUAUUGCCCUAUUGAAAUUGGAAACUCCAUUGCCAAUUUAUCCCAGCAUAUGGCAUGUACAAUUGGUGGAGGAUCCCACCACAGCCUAUGAAAAUAAAGAGGUGAUAUUAAUAGGAUGGGGUUUAAAUGAGACCAUGGGUUCCCUUACGUCACGUCUACAUAAAGUCUCCUUGAAAACCAUAACAUUGGCCGAAUGUCGUUUGACGCUAUUAUCGGUUAUACACAAAACAAAUCUAUGUGCUGGCGGCCAUGGUAAGGGCCAAUGUUCUGGAGACUCGGGCGGGCCACUUAUGUUGAACAAUAAACAAAUUGGUGUGGUAUCAUGGAGUCUUAAACCCUGUGCCCAAACACCAGGAGUUUUUACAAAUAUUUCUUAUUACAUUGAUUGGAUCAAAAAACUUAUUAAAUAAUAAUUAUAAAUACAUUCUAUAAAAAAACAAGUAAGCAAAGGCUACAGUCGAGCGGGGCCGACCGUUGAAUACCCUACAACACUAUAAUAAAUGAUACAGUUUAUAUAGGCGAGGUAGUCGAAAGAAUUCCACAAGAUAUUGUGACAGAUAAUAAAAGAAAACCAUCAGGUUUCGUUCUCUAAUUUUCGAAUAAUAGCAACUUAAACUAAUUUUCUCAUUCCUAAUUUAUUGGUAAAUGGUCUUCCUAGAUCUGGAACCAAUAUUUCCCAAAGACCUAUAAUCUCUCAGAAGUGGCAAAAGAUUAACAUUUAUUAUUGAUUUUGACUGAAACGCAUCUAUAUGAGAUACAGACAUUUGACUAUAUUCUUCAACGAAAUCAGCCUUAACGAAAUAGUCAGAAGUGCGUCGUUCCUGUAUUUGUGAAUUCUCCGAAAAGUCACUGGAAUGGACAUUUUCGUAUUUUGUCUACAAAAGUUGGCAAACUCCUUUACACAUUGAAUAUUUUUGGAUAGCCAUCCAAAACUGCUUGGCUUUUGCAAUGUCCGGUAACCCCCAUUCAAAUGUGCGUGAGGAUCGGGCGAUAAUUACGACCUGCUGACAAUUUUGCAGUUUUUAGGUCCAUUUCAACCCCUAAAUAUAUUGCGAUCAUCUCCAAAAAGAGUAGGCUUCUAUUCUGACCCUCAUCUUAUACCCAUGCAAAAUUUCGUAAGGAUCGGGCCAAAAAUGCGAUCUGUAUAUGAUAUCCUGAUAUCCUAACUACUUAGUUUUGUUAGCUGUAGAAAUAUUACCAAAUGUUUAAUUCAAAAUGAAAAUAUGCCAAAAAUAUGACAAAAUGGAAAAAAUAUGAGAAAAUAUUACAAAAUCAAUAUUUUCAUCUUUAGAGAGGUAUUUUUAUGCAAUUUUUUAGACGUUUUUUCUUUCCUGCCAAGAGGCCAUUCUGAAUUAAUGAGAACUAUCGAAAUCAGUUCUGCCGUUCUCGACUUACAUGAGAUCUUUCAAGCAUAUCUUCUUUGAUAGACUUAUAUAUCGCAUGUAUUUGCUAUAUAUUCGAUUAUUUGGAUCUUAACAUCAAUGUAAAGAUCAGAAGUAACCUUGUCAUGGCUUUGUGAUUUCGCCGGGAUUUAAAAUAUUCGCGGUUUAAUGAAAAAUUUUGAAUUUUUUCAACACAAAAGAUAUGGUCUAUUUUACCCGCUAAAUAUUAUCCGAUGACCACCCAAAUUGGUAGGCUUCUUCCCCGCCCUAAACUCUAGCUACGUGCGAAAUUCCGCGUCGAUUGGUCUAUAAUUGCGACCUGUAUAGCUACUGCAAAAUCCGACAUUUUUUCAGUAUUUGGUCCAUUUCAACCCCUAAACAUUUGGCGAUCAUCUCCAAAAGAAAUAGGGUUCUAUUCUGACCCUAGCCCCACCUCCAUUCUAAAUUUCGUGAAGAUCGGGCCAUAAUUGCGACCUGUAGAGUGAUUACAAAUUAACAUGGACAGACGGACAGACGGACGGACGGACAUACAUAGCUAGAUCGACUCAGCUCGGCGAGAUAGGAAGAUUCAUAUAUACUUUCCUAUGUGGGAAAUCAAUAUUUCGUGGUGUUACAUAAUUUUUGGCCCAAUCAAA